UAAUUUUGAUUAAGAAGUUUGGAGCCAACCAUUGACCUAUCUUGUCAAAAGGGCAAAAUCUAGGUCACACAAUCAUUGGAUUAACUUUGAUAUACGUGUAUAUGUUGCAUGAUAUAUUAUCACUGAAAAACAACUAAAGAAUUUACAGUGCUUCAGUAUUAUCUGCAUGUCGCAAACAUUUUGACUACCAGAGACGUUAACCAGAAUAACUGCAGGUGUUAGACCAAUUAAGGUCUCCAAAUGGCAAUGGAUUUUGACACAGCAAUGUUGGUGGAAUAUCUGGGAUCAGACUCUGCCAGGCUAAAGUACUUUGUUAUAGGUUGCGGAGUGGGGGUAGGGACAAUCUGUGUCGUAAAGCUGAUCAACUACUGGUGUGAAUGGGAGAGACUGAAAAAACUGAGAAACACAAAGGCAGAGUCCAGCGCCAGAGCCAAAAAGGAACUUUUGCAGUGUCUAGGUGAUCAGAGAGACAAUUCACCACAUCAAGGGAAACUCUGGGAAGCGAUUCUGGAAUUAUCUUUUGGAGACAUCGUUGUAGGGUUGCAGUCUCGUGAAAUCAAGGCCGUGGACGUUUUACAUGCGUAUCAGUGGAAGGCAUUGUCAGUGGAUGUGAACCUUAACUGCGUCACAGAACCCAUUCAAGAUGCAGAGGUGUGGGCACGCAUUUGUGAUGAGUCGGAAUUCACAACUGGUCCACUGCAUGGGCUGCCCGUCAGCAUCAAGGAGAGCAUUCCUGUCACGUUGUCUGCUACUACCAUUGGACUAUCCAAGUAUGCUGACGAUAUCGCAGAAAGUGACUGCGUCCUCGUUCAAACAUUGAAGAGAUUAGGUGCUAUACCAUUCAUGAAGACGAAUGUCCCACAGGGAAUGAUGAGCUUCUCAUGCAGCGGAAAUCCUGUACACGGCAAGACUCUGAAUCCACACGACCCCAAGAGGUCCCCUGGUGGUUCAUCAGGUGGUGAAGGAUCUCUCAUCGGGGCCGGUGGGUCACUUCUAGGCUUUGGAAGCGACACUGGUGGGAGCAUUCGCAUCCCUAGCCACAUGUGCGGCAUCGCUGGAUUCAAACCAUCAUCGAAUCGCCUCAGUCAACUUGGCCUACAUCCAUGCUACAGAGUUCCGCCCAAGAUUCAAACAAGCCUUGGGCCCCUCUCAGUGAAUGUUGACGGAUUAGUAUUGGCCAUGAGAUCUAUUUUGAAUGCGGAUAUCUCCGAUUUAGAUUGUGUUGUCCCCCCUGUCUCAUUUCGGAACGAACUUUUCCACAACUCUGACAAGUUACGAAUCGGUUUCUAUGUGAGUGACGGGUAUUUACCAGCGACCCCUGCAUGUGCACGAGCCGUACUAAUGACAAAAGAUGUAUUAGAAGCAAACGGCCACACAAUUGUCCCUUGGACGCCCCCACGAGUAAAGUUUGCAAUGGAAUAUCUGUACGCCAAUGCCGUGAUGGGAGACAAUGGUCAAUCCUUUCUCGAAGAAGUCUCCCACGACAAGAUUGACGAAUCAGUUGCAUCAUUAUAUUGGUUGUUGCAGAUACCUGCCCUUAUCAGGAAAUCUCUUGCGGCAAUCGUGCGGCCAUUUUCUCCUUUUGCAGCGGAGAUGCUCACAGUUGGCUUGAAGUUAAAGUCUGUUCAUGAUUACUGGACUCUUUGUGCCCACAUUGACGAGUACAAGGAAGAGUUUACAAAAGACUGGAAAGAUGCAGGAUUAGAUGCUGUCAUCUGCCCAGGAUUCGUCGUUCCCGCCCUCCCUCAUGGCUGCUCCAUUUUCCCCCUCACUUUUUCCACAGCUUUGUACAGCAUGCUUGACUUCCCUGCGGGAUCUGUCCCAGUGACCAAGGUCAGCAAGACCGAUGACCAGCAAUUACAAACAGGGUAUCCGCAAACGAGCUUUGCCGAAAAAUGUGUGAGGGCCUUUGGGAAAGAUUCUGAGGGGCUGCCUGUUAACGUGCAAUGCGUUACCCUUCCCUGGCAGGAGGAGAAAUGCUUGAGAAUCAUGAAGGAGAUUGAGACAGGACAAGAGGCUCACAAAAAAACCCUUUAA